GAUAGGACGUCCGCCUGGAGCAGGGCCUGAGUGCUGGGGCUGCUCGCCUGCUACCACGGCUCCCUCCCUGACCUGUUCUGGCAGCACCCACAGAACCUGGUGCUAUGAAUGGGUAGGGGACGCCAGACAUUCAGAAGUUGGGUGGUGCAGAACAUGCCUCCGCCACCCCGAAAUUCUGCUGCUGCCCAAGGCCAAGCUCACCAGUGCUCAUGACCCACACUGGCCCAUCACUUCCUGGUGUGUUCGACAUUCUGGGUGCCGCAGGCCAGGACAAGCUCUUGUAUUUGAAGCACAAACUAAAGACCCUGCGCUCGGGCGGCCAGGGGGCUGACCUCCUGCAUGCCAUGGUGCUCCUGAAGUUAGGCAAGGACACGGAGGCCAGGAUCUCUCUGGAGGCACUGAAGGCAGAUGCAGUGGCUCGGCUGGUGGCCCGGCAGUGGGCUGGCAUGGACAGCACUGAGGCCCCUGAAGAGCCUCCAGAUGUGUCCUGGGUCGUUGCCCGCCUAUACCACCUACUGGUGGAGGAGAAGCUGUGCCCAGCCUCCUUGCGGGAUGCGGCCUACCAGGCAGCCCUCCAUGCCCUCAGCUCCAGGGAUGACCAUCAGCUGGGGGACCUCCAGGAUGAAGCCCAGGAACGGUGUGGAUGGGAUGUUAUCCAGGACCCUGGGGGCUUCCGGACUCUCCACUCUGAUCUGGGCUGCCUCCCACCAUCUUCAACUCCGCCCUCUGGGACCCGCAGCCUUCCCUGUCCCAUAGAUAACCCACUGGGCUGGAGCCAAGGGCGCUCCCUGCGAUCUACUGACAGCCCAGCCUCCCUGGUCAGCAACUUAGAAAUCAGCCAGUCACCCACCAUGCCCCUCCUCAGCCCACACCGCAGCCCCCAUGGGCCCAGCAAGCUCUGUGAUAGCCCCCAAGCUCGCACGGUGCCCAGGCCUGUCCCUAGCAGCUGCCAGGAGCCCGAGGAGAUGACCUGGCCCACCUCAGGGGAGAUUGCCGGCUCCCCAGAGCUUCCUGAGGUGGCCCUAGAUCCGGUCCCUGCUGGCCUCCCUGACACUCCCCAAACUCCAGGAACCAGCACCCAUUACCCAGUACAGUGCACAGAGGUGUCGGCAGCCUCUGGGUCUCUCUCCUCACCCAUUCUGGAGCCUGUUGGACACCCCCGCCCUGACAAAUACCAGGCACCACAUCAACUUUCUAAAGAAGAUACCACGACCCCAGAUACCAAGUCAUGCCCACCUACUCCCUCAAUCCCCAAAAUGUCUCCUCCCAAAACGUCCCCUCCUCUUCCUCCAUCAGCCCCUUGUUCCGCUCACCUGGACAACUCAUCCCCAUGCCCUUCCUCUUCUGAGGUGACACCAGAGCAGAAAUUCUAUAACUUCGUGAUCCUCCAUGCCAAGGCAGAUGAACACAUUGCCCUGCGGGUCCGGGAGAAGCUGGAGGCCCUUGGUGUGUCUGAUGGGGCCACCUUCUGUGAGGAUUUCCAGGUGCCCGGGCGCGGUGAGCUACACUGCCUGCAGGAUGCCAUAGACCACUCAGCCUUCGUUAUCCUGCUGCUCACUUCCAGCUUUGACUGCCGCCUAAGCCUGCACCAGGUGAGCCACGCCCUGAUGAGCAGCUUUAUGCGACUUGGGUGGCAGGACUGUGUGGUGCCCUUCCUGCCGCUGGAGAGCUCCCCCACCCAGCUCCGCUCUGAUGCUGCCAGCCUGCUCACCAGCCUGGUGUGGCUGGAUGAACACUCCCCGAUCUUUGCCAGGAAAGUGGCCAAUACCUUCAAGUCCCAGAAGCUUCUGGCUCGCAAGGCCAACUGGAGGAAGGAACAGGAUGCCCGGGCCCUGCGGGAGCAGAGCCAACACCUGGAGGGUGAGCGGAUGCAGGCUGCCGCCCUGAACAAUGCAUACACCACCUACCUCCAGAACUACUUGGCCUGGCAGGCACAGAUGGAGCAGCUCCAGGCGGCUUUUGGGAGCCACAUGUCAUUUGGGACUAGGAUGCCCUUUGGUGGGGGCCCAGUGCCCCAGGGAGCCCCACCACCCUUCCCUCAGCCACCACCACUACAGCAUCCAUGGCAGGCUGGCAUCCCACCACCAGCCUUCCUGCAGCCACCGGCCUUCCCACAGCCACCAGCCUUCCCCAUGGCCUCCCCUACAUCUCCUCCAAGCCCAAGACUGCAGCCCCUCAUCAUCCACCAUGCUCAGAUGGUGCAGCUGGGGCUCAACAACCACAUGUGGAACCAGCGAGGGGCCCAAGCGCCUGAGGACAAAACACAGGAGGCAGAAUGACCACACGUCCAAGCUUAGGGAACACACCUGGGCUGGUGCGUGCUUUGAGUAGGGUCAGUGGGACCACAACUAUCCCCCCAUCUGCUCCCCUGGGGACAGUGUAAGGUUGGGUCACCUGGUGCAUUUAGGACAGUGCCUGGAGCCCUUCACUUCUCAGGAAGUAUAGCAAAUCAGGCUGCAAGGACUUCCUGGCCUCCAGGGUGGCCAAAACAGGACACUGUUUACAUUUUCAGUUUCUCUGUCUCUGGGUAGGGGGUCUUGGUGGUGGGGGAUAUUGGUAGGGUCUUUUAACUAUAAUAAAUAUUUAUUUAAUGGUCCAGGAGCACCUCUGUCCUUAGGAAACCUCUGUCUGGCUAUUUGCUAAGAAACACAUGGCUUAUUGUUACUCCAAAAGGGGAACCAGAAUGAAGAGCAGCCUUCUCUUGCUGAGUGAACCGAUCUUA